AUGAGCGUCUUACUACCCAACAUGGCGGACUUUGAUACCAUUUAUGAGUUAGAAGACGAAGAGGAUGAACACGUAGUGAGUGAGGAACACUUGCCCAGAUACUGUCCGGAGCCCGUGGUUAUGCGAGGGGCCGGCCACAUCACAGUAUUUGGACUGAGCAACAAAUUUGAUACAGAAUUUCCCUCUAUUCUCACGGGAAAGGUAGCUCCAGAGGAAUUCAAAACCAGCAUCAGCAGGGUGAAUGCUUGCUUAAAGAAGAACUUGCCUGUGAAUGUGAAGUGGCUUCUUUGCGGCUGCCUGUGUUGUUGCUGUACAGUUGGCUGCAGUCUGUGGCCUGUUAUCUGCCUCAACAAGAGAACUAGAAGGUCUAUUCAAAAGUUGUUAGAGUGGGAAAAUAACCGAUUAUACCACAAGCUGGGCCUGCACUGGAAACUCAGUAAGAGAAAAUGUGAAAGCAGUAACAUGAUGGAAUAUGUGAUUCUUAUAGAAUUCUUACCCAAAUAUCCUAUAUUCCGACCGGACUGAGGCGGCUGUUCAAAGACUGGAUGUGUGGCCCUUGAAUCUUCUCCUUAGUGCCUUGUAUAUACAGUAUGUUGGAAUAAGGGUCUGCACCAGUGUCUCGUGACGACCCUGUACAUCUCCCAGUACCUUGUACAUUAGACUCUGCAACACUGUCACUUUGCUUUAGAGCAGAUUUUGCACAUUUCCCGACAGAAGUAGACAUGCCCCCUUUGUUGCACUCUGAUGUGUUUUUGUUACAUGUGACAAAUAAGUGGAAAACUUAACUCUCGAAAAGUGCAUUUACCCCAAAGAUCUAUCAGCCCCAAUCCCAUCCCUUCUAUCAGUAAUCCCUUGCAAAGAAUGUGAUGCCUCCACCUUCGUAGAGUAUCCUUGCCUUACGUAUGAUUUUUAAGUAUUUCUAUGUGUAACAGAAGGAGGAAGGCAUUCAGUAAUUCAACAAGUCUGUAUAUUGAAACGCUGUUGUUGGGUUUAGUUCUUUGCAAGUCGAUGGGAUGGUUGAUAUUGCCUAACGUACAGUGUACGUCACCACCCUGGUUUUCCGUCACAUUUGACCCUCUGUACAUGGGAACUAGCUAGGAAAAGAACUUGACCUGUAAAUAUAGGAUAAGCUGUACAGUGGUAUACCAUUGUUUACAUAAAGUUACUUAGCUCUUUAGUAUUUUUUUUGCCAAUAUAUUGCUGUACCAUAGUUUUGAUUAAUGAAAAGAAGUCUAUGUACCUUUGUAGUUUAUAUGGACCUGUUUACCUUGUAAGCCAUAUAGUUACAGUGAUGCCAGAGUUAGGACUGAUCAUUGCACUUGAGCCCAGUCAAAUGUCAGGAAAUCACACUGUAAUGCAUCCUGGAUAUUCAUCAGAUUACAGCAGCAGUGCAUGUUUUUGCCAAUGAAGAUGACCUUUAAGGAUGCGUCAUCUGUCAGAGCUGGAGGUUGAACUCUGCACUUCCAUUCAGUUCGUUUAUUUUUUUCACUUUUUCUCAACUUGGCAUUCAUUUUGAAGGUUUUGUACCUUUCCCUGUGCUGUGUUUGGACCUCCUGAUGUGUUAUAGGAAGCACAUAAUCAGUACAUUAAGCAGACGGUUCCUUUGCUUCAGUCCAGUGUUAGUGUUACUUUCCUAAAUCCUAGGAGAUCGCUGCAACUCGUUGUAUAAAUAGAGUGCCUCUGGAAUAGUAGGUGAACCACAGAUGUACAGGUUGAAAUCUGUUCUCUUGUACAAAGGAGAUUUAAUCCUCCUCCAAGUAUUGUCACUGUUACAAUUCUUGUAAAUGUUUAUCAUGAAUCCCUAUGGAGAGAGAAAAUAAAUCGCUCAUUUUGAUUUUUC